AUGAAUCCUAGCCAAGAAAAUACUUUAAACAUAAUAUAUCAAGGCUUGCAUUCAACAUAUCCUAGCAUUAAAUCAGCUUGUUGUGCAUUUUUAUUUAAUUAUUUCAAGCUUGAAGGAGAAAUACAAUAUCUUAAUGUUGAUGAAAUCAUUUUAUUAUUAGAUUCUGAACCUUUCGUAAUUGGUGAUUUCUCUUGUGCUAUUUUUUGUUUACAAACUUAUCUUCACAAAACAGAAGUUGAUUUAGAUUUUAUCGCUAAUCUAAAAGGGAAACUAGAGAGCAAAUAUGGAGGUCAGUAUAUCCAAAAUGCAUUAAUUAUAACUCUUAUUUUCGAAAUCAUGAAUUCUCAACAAAUUAGUCUUGAUAUAUUAGUUGAUCCUUCAAAAAUGGAUGCUUUCGCAUGGCUAGAAAGAGGAAUUCAAUAUUCUAAUGACGAAAUACGAAUGGGAGCUUUGGCACUUUGUGAAAAGUUAUUUGCUAUGGCAGAAAGCGAUUCUCAACUUAAGGAGAUGCGACAAAUGUUCUUUGAUAAAUCAAUCAAUGAUUAUCUUGAUGAAUUUGAAAAUGAAGAAAAUGAUCCUGAAUUAUCUGAAAGAUUAGACUUGUUUAAAUCAAAAUAUUUUAAUGACUCAGAUAAUGAAGCUUAA